AGAGCGCAGAGGAGGGAGGCAAAUCACGCAGCUGCGAGGCUCAUCCCUCCCUCCCUCCCUGCCUGCUCCAUCCCUGCAUCCCGCAUCCCGCCCCGCCGCACCCAUGGAGGCCGGCGCAGGUCGCUGAGCCCCCAGCCCGGACCCGCGGCACCGCGCAGUUCCCCCGCACCCAGGACCUGCGGCACCGCAGCAAUGUCUCUGCCGGGGAGCAGACGCUCAUCCACUGGAUCACGAAGUCGCGGGUUUUAUGGACGGAGUGGCUUUGCCUCCUUCUUUAAGUCUUCACCGCCCUCAGCCACUCGGCCUGAGACACAGCCUCUUCUCCCUGCCUCCAGGCGCCCCUCGCCCCCCGGGAGGGACACCUACGGCACCUCCUCGCUGAGCAGCAGCAGCAAUUCUGGCUCCUGCAAGGGCAGCGACAGCAGCCCCACCCCAAGACGUGCGUCCAAGUACAACCUCUGCAGUGAUAACCAUGGGAUAAAGCCACCAACUCCGGAGCAGUACCUGACGCCACUGCAGCAGAAGGAGGUCUGCAUCAGGCACCUGAAAGCCCGCCUGAAGGACACGCAGGAGCGGCUGCAGGACAGGGAUGCUGAGAUCGAGGACCUGAAGACGCAGCUGUCGCGGAUGCAGGAGGACUGGAUCGAGGAGGAGUGCCACCGCGUGGAAGCCCAGCUGGCACUGAAGGAGGCCCGCAAGGAGAUCAAGCAGCUGAAGCAAGUCAUCGACACGGUGAAGAACAACCUGCUGGAGAAGGACAAGGGACUCCAGAAGUAUUUCGUGGACAUCAACAUCCAGAACAAGAAGCUGGAGACGCUGCUGCACAGCAUGGAGGUGGCGCAGAACGGGGCACUGAAGGAGGAGGGGGCUGGCGAGUCGGCAGGGGGGUCCCCAGCCCGAUCCCUCACCCGCAGCUCCACCUACACCAAGCUGAGCGACCAGGGCGCCGGGGACCGCAACGUGGGGGGCUCGCAAACCAUCUCACUGGACGACGGGGCCGACAGUGGCUUCGUCGGGGCAGAGGAGGCUCCCGGACACACGGACCCGCUGGAUGGGGAGGGCGAGCCCGGUGCCCGCUUGCCCCCCAGCUCUACCUACGAGAAGCUGCUGGGGCUGCGGGGAGGCGUGGAGGCCGGGGUGCAGGCCAGCUGCAUGCAGGAGCGGGCCAUCCAGACAGACUUCGUGCCCUGCCAGCCCGACCUGGACACCAUCCUGGAGAAGGUGAUGAAGUCCCAGGCUUGCAGCUUAGGCAGCCCCACCUCGGCCUGGGUCUCUGAAAUGGAAGAUGUGAUGCCUGGCCCCGAGCUCUCCAACCCCACCGGGGCCACGGACCUGCUGGCGGCCGAGCCCGAUGCCGCGAUGGCGGGUGCCGAGGCAGGUGCCCCUUGCAACCCGGCGGUGCGGCAGCCCCCCAGCGCCAGCCCCUCCGUGGCCAUCGCCUGCGCGGCGGAGGAGGAGAUGGCGGAGAAUCCUGUCUGCGAGGCCGCCACAUCCAAGAGCUACUGGAGCCGCCACUUCAUCGUGGAUCUGCUGGCGGUGGUGGUGCCAGCGGUGCCCACGGUGGCCUGGCUGUGCCGCUCGCAGCGCCGGCAAGGCCAGCCCAUCUACAACAUCAGCUCGCUGCUGCGCGGCUGCUGCACCGUCGCCCUCCACUCCAUCCGCAGGAUGGGCUGUCGCCCUGUUGCCAACCCCGGCGGCAGCGCCCAGCCCUGACCCCCCCAGCUGCCUCCCGCCCACCCCACGGACGUGACCACUGAUUGUAAAGCCCCAUCCCCGCUCUCCCAGGGUCCUUUGUUGGCUCUGGAUCCUUAUCUUCCAGGAGGGUGGGAAGGGGCUGGGGGGUCUGUGGGUGCGUGGGAUGUGCUGUCCCCCCAGCUCUGUCAUCCUGGAGCAGGGACAGGAUGGCUCCUGGAGGAGAGAUGCCAAGCAGCGAUGCGAGGCAAGGCACCAUGCAUUGCGCUACAACCCCUCUACCCAAUGGAUGCUGCUGCCCAGCCACUGCCCAGUGCCUCUGGCUGCAAGGGGGCUGGGGGGGCUGCACCCUAGGGUGGGUGCUCUCCCUUCAUUGCACUCGCUUCCCCGUUGUCCUCGCCCUGCCCUACAGCCAGCUCUGCCACCGAUGGGUGACAGCGAGGAGCUGCCUGACAGUGGGGACAGCUGGGGGGGCUGCAGCAGGACUCCUGGGAUGCGUUUCUUGCUCCCAGUGCCGGCUGCAGCCCAACAGCAAAGCCUGGCUGCUGGCAGGAGGACAGUGGGAAACCGCCUGGGGACACAGGGAUCCUCUCUGCACUGGUUUGGGGGGGUGGUGGGCACCUUCACCCCGGCCUGCUGCCCCCCCUCGGUGUCAUCCCCCUCCCUCUGGUGGGACAGGGACCUGUCUGGGCUCUGCCCAUCACUGAGUGAUGCCUCCCCACACCAGGAUGGGACCAGGCUGUGUCUCCCGUGCCCCCGAAUGAGACCGAGCAGCCCCAGGGCAGUCUCGGUCACUCCCUCCCUUUGCUUUGCACUAUGUUCACUUUUUUUUUUGGGUUCAGACUGAAGCCCUGUUGCUGUUGGGGGGCUGAGGUGGUGGUGGUGAGUCGGGGGGGAACCCCCAGCCCUGGCUCUGGCUGCCAGCACUGAGGGCUGCCGUGGUUUGGGCGAUGCCGCUGAUCCCAUCCUGUGCUGGAGCUUGGGGUUGCCUUUGCCGGGAGGCAAUGAGGGGCACAGGGGUGCCUUUGCCUGCCCCAGCCCAGCCCAAUCCCCGCUUUGCUGGUGGCCUCCAGCUAAAAAUGCCUUUUUUAUUUUUCAAAAAGCAAAGACAGCAAGGAUUGCUCGGCCGGGGCUGGGAAGACGCGAGACUGGGGGUUCCCCCGGGUGCUCCCACCCCAUGAAUGUCUGUGGCUUCUUUGUGACUUGAACUGACCGUGUCCCCCUCCCCGCCAGGCGGGCACCCUGGGAGCUGGCGAUGUCCAUGGGCCGGCGGCCAGUGGUACCCGCAAGGGCACCGCAUCCCGUGUUCCCUGUGCUUUCCGCAUCCCCCAUGCUCUGGGGCGUGGGGCAGCGGCUUGGCCCGCGCUGGGGGUGGCGGAGGCUGCACAGCUCGGGGCGAGGGCUGUGGGGCACGACGGGGGCCAGGCAGCCGGCGCGGUCGAUGUGAGCGGAGCUAGGAUAUGCGCCUCUUGUGCAAUGUGUUUGUGGAUCUGUGUACACGUCUGUUAGACCAUCCAAAGCUUCGCCAAGAAAUAAAUGUAACGAAUAUAUUUGAAAGACAA